CGUGUCGGCGUCCUAUUUAUUGAGCGCCUGGGGCCUCCGUCCGGUCGCCUCCAUGUCGGAGGGCGAGAAGGACGGCGGAGGGGGCGAGUGCCCCGUGUGCUACGAGAAGCUCCGCGACCUGGAAGGGGCCGGCCGGACGCUGAGCUGCGGCCACGUCUUCUGCCACGACUGCCUGGUGAAGUACCUGCUGGCCCGCCGGGCCGAGGCCCACGUCCCCCAGACCUUGGUCUGCCCCGUCUGCCGCUACGUCACCUUCCUGAGCAGACGCGGCCCCCGCCGGCCCCCGGACCCGGCCCGCGGCCUCCAGACCCUGCCCCAAGUCUUCACCAUCAGCACCAGCGGGAUGCCCCUGGCCCCGGACGCGGGCCCGCCGACCCCUCUCCACGCGGCCUCCUCCUCCUCCUCCUCGGGCCUCCGCCUGCCCCGCUGCCGCUCGCCCAUGCUGCUCCUCGUGGUCCUCGUGGCUGUAGUGGCCGGCCUGGUGGCCAUUCUGCCCUGGAUCCUCCUGGCCCGGCGGCGGGCCUGAGCCACGCGCCGUUGUCCGGACGCCGCCCGGCC